AAAUUAAACAGGUCUAAAUGUCAAUUUUGUUUCUACUUUGUAAACAUAAUGCAAUGAUUUUAUUUCUUAAUUUUGAAAUAAACCAAAUAAAUAAAGCUAAGCAUUAAACUUGUUAAUUUCUUUUCAACAAAAAAAUGAAUGAAGACACUGCCACAGAUAUUAUAAUAGAAGCUCUCGAGGUGUUUAUCAACCACAUUCUCUAUGUUCGUAAUGUCUACCCGCCACAAAUAUUUCGUAAAAGAAAAAUGUACGACUGCCCGGUAUUUGUUUCUAUUUACCCAAAUGUUACUAAUUACAUCGUAGAAGUCCUAACAACUGCGCGACAACUGAAAAAGGUUAAUCAAUUGAAAAAGGUAGAAUUGGUAGUUUAUCGCGACGAGAGUUGGCAAUACGAGAAGUAUGCUUUCGACAUUACUAAUGACUGCCUUUUAGCCACUAUGAGAAAAGGCGAAGAUCCUUAUCUUUUAGAGUUUGAACAGCAACUUAGAACAGCACUUUGUUCAUUAUCGGAGAGGUGUAAAUCUUUUGAAAAAUUACCUGAAGAUGCUAGAUUUAGAAUUCAGUUGCAUACAACACAAACGCAGUUUAUGAAGAUAUGCUGUGGACCUGCAUCUCAAGAUUUUCCGUGGUUACAAACCGGAGACGACGGUGAUAGGGGCUUUCGAGAAGUGAAAUUACUCCCGCUGUGUACAAUUGACUCAAGUGGCUUGAAGAUAAAUGCACUAGUUUGAAAAGUUGUAACAGUUUCCCAAGAAUAAUAUUUAUUUUGAUUGAUAUUUUAUAUAAUAAUAAAAACCUAUAACUUUAAAAGGCAUAGUUUCCAUUUCCUUAGCGGUUGGGGCAAUAUGUCUGAGGACCUAAGUAUCGUCCAAUGCUCCGACUUAACGGUUAUGUUUUCCAAUUAGUCUUAAUUUUGAAAAUUUAUCUUCGGUAAUUUUAAUCCACUGAGGAAACAAUCCUUUUUUAUAAUAAAAACUUUAUGCUUAAAAAAAAGAUUCCAUUAUGUCCUUAAAAGCCUUAAACCAAAUUAUAUUGUAGACAAACACAUUUACUGAGAGAAUACAAAAGAAAGUUAAAUUUUAA